AUGCUGGCAGAGCUGGGGUCCUGGCUGCUGCUGGCCGUGGCUCUGCUCGGCCCAGGCCCCAGGGCCCAAGCCAUGAAAGGUGUCAAAUGUGGGGGUGUGCUCUCAGCACCUUCCGGAAACUUCUCCAGCCCCAACUUCCCCAGGCUGUACCCCUACAACACAGAGUGCAGCUGGCUGAUCGUGGUAGCCGAGGGCUCCUCGGUGCUACUCACCUUCCAUGCCUUUGACUUGGAGUACCAUGACACCUGCGGCUUUGACUACCUGGAGGUCUACAAUGGGGCCUCGGGAGACAGGGGCAACCUGCUGGGGAGGUUCUGCGGCCAGGUGCCCCCGCCGCCCUUCACCUCCUCCUGGCACGUCAUGUCCAUCGUCUUCCACUCAGACAAGCAUGUGGCCAGCCGUGGCUUUUCUGCUGGCUACCAGAAAGAUGUGUGUGGUGGCGUCCUGACGGGCCUUUCGGGGGUCCUCAGCAGCCCUGAGUACCCUGACAACUACCCGAACAACGUGGAGUGCCGCUGGGUGAUCCGGGCCGCCGGCCCCGCCACCGUCAAGCUGGUGUUUGUGGACUUCCAGAUGGAGGGCAGUGAGGGGUGCACCUAUGACUACGUGGCCGUCCUUGGGGGGCCCGGCCCUGUCCGCGGGCAUCACUACUGUGGCAGCACCCGGCCCCCCGCCCUCGUGUCGCUGGGCCAUGAGCUGCAGGUGGUCUUCAAGUCUGACUUUAACAUUGGAGGCCGGGGCUUCAAGGCCUACUACUUCUCAGGGGAGUGCCAGGAGGUGUACAUGGCCAUGCGGGGCAACUUCUCUAGUCCGCAGUACCCCAGCUCCUACCCCAACAACAUCCAUUGCCACUGGACCAUCCGCCUGCCUCCUGGCUACCGGGUCAAGGUGUUCUUCCUGGACCUGGAUCUGGAGGGUCCCAGCAGCCUGACCAGGACCUGUGACUUCGACCACCUGGCGGCCUUCGACGGGGCCAGCGAGGAGGCGCCCCUGCUGGGGAACUGGUGUGGCCACCACCUGCCAGCACCAGUCACCUCAAGCCACAACCAGCUUCUGCUUCUGCUGCACACGGACCGAAGCACCACCCGAAGGGGCUUCUCUGUGGCCUACAUUGGAGUUGUGCCCAUGAACGUGAGCUGCUCCCGCACGGACUUCCAGAUCCUGAUCUCCGCACAGGCACUGGCACCGCUGGAGCGGACCAAGGUCUACCUGGGCAGCCGGAGCUGCGCCGCCCAGGAAGCCGGGAGCACCUUCCGGAUCCAGGCCCGUUUUGACACCUGCGGCACCGAGUCUCAGAGGAGGAACAACACCUCAGUGAUCGUCAGCGUGCUGUACAUCGACUUCUCGACCGGUGAGCAGGAGGACAUCCAUGAGUACGAGGUCCGCUGUGAGCCCCGGCGCAAAGAGGCGUCUGUCCACCUGCUGUCCGGCUCCGACUGGCUUGGGCCCUAUGCUGCCACAGCCGAGCAUCUUCAGGAAGCCCCACCCAGGGAUGAAGAGGAGACCCUGGAGGGCCCGGUGGCCAUGGUGACCCAAGACGCCAGUGACAUUGUCUUCCUGGGCCUUUGCAUCCUGGCGGGAAUCCUCAUGGUCAUUGCCAUCGUGGUCCUGAUGCUGCUGUGAGCAGGCAAGGGACCUGGGUCCUGGCUUCCCUGGGAGGCAGCUUGCGGUUCCCCAGACAGGAGCAGACCAGGCUUUAUCGACUUGGUGACCAUGGAUGAGUCACUGUCCCUCUCUGAGUCUCACUUUCCAAGGUCACAGAGCUGGCUUGAGGCUCAGAGAAGAGCAUGGAUGGGUAAGAGCUGUAAACUAUGGCGUGUUUCUGUGUGUGUGCAGUUGUUACUAACUUCAGAGAUGGCCUGCUAUGGACAAGAAGUCUCCUGUGUGUGUUACUUGUCAUCACGGAGAGCUGUGGUCACUGGGUCACCUGCUCUGUGGUCACUGGUGACUUGUUCUGUAACUUGCACAAGUGUUUUACCAACUCGGGAUAAAAACAAGGGCGUCUCUUAUUUUUCCAACUAAUGGCUUAUUAUAUGCCUUCAUUGGCGGGAAAUAUCGAGGGGCCUGCACGCUCUCGAACUGACUCAGGAACCUCGAGGACUUCAUCCACAGCAGGCCAGUCCUGCCUCCAGACUCCAGAAACAGAGAGAAAGGGAGCCGAAACCCCACCUAGUGCUGUCAUCCCAGCCUCCGCCAUGUGGUGUCGCUGUUGGAGGCUGGCGGUGCACAUCCCGUCGGAUUCUGUCUGAAGAGGUGGCGGUGCCCUGUGAGGUCGGAUCCCUGCACAAAACACAGGCGGGCCCACACUGUGCUCAGCAGUGAGGCUGGAAGCUGACGACUGGUGUCUCUUUCAUGUUGGCGUUUUUCCUUAAAUAGAUCGUGAUCCUUGACUGCAAAGCAGAUUGAAGUUCCUGUGGCUUUGUCUGCACCCCUGAUGCUGAGCCCAUUGUUUCCCUUCAGAUGAGUUCUCUUUGGGGCCUGUGGACCUUCUCCUGCCAUUGGACUUCACUCAGAGCUACUCCAGCAUCCCCGUGUUUCUCUAAGUUUUCACCACAGGGAGCAUGGGGUCGGUUCCCGGGCUUUCCGGGAUCCUCAAGCACGUUGGUCCAGUCCUCCCAAGCUCUAUGUAUCAAGAAGUAAAGCAUCUUGUUAAUGAAAAAUAAACCAA